AUGGGCGCUGUCGAUCCCACUUACCCCCUGUUCCCUAUCGCUAGCAUUAUCGCCGCGGCGUUAUUGCUCGUCGUCCUGAUGACCGGGCUCAUCCGGAAGAGCUGGAACCUGGGCGUCUUUUUCCUGAGCUUUUGGCUAUUCCUGAUGAACCUCGCCAACGCCAUAAACACGAUCGUGUGGGCCGACAAUGCAGACCUCAAGCUGUAUGUCUACUGCGACAUAGUAUCGCAUCUCCAGAUCAUCGGCGUUGUGGCCAAGUCGACGACGACAUUCAUCAUUGUCCGGCGGUUAUAUCUCAUCGUUAGCCAUCAAUCCGUCGAGCCAUAUAGUAAGCGGACCCAUCGUUGGAACUUGUUCGUGGAGUGGACACUGGGAGUGAUAUUCCCGCUCAUAGUUGCCGGACCCGUAUACUAUGUCGUUCAGGCCGAACGCUUCAUAGUCAUACAAGGCUUCGGGUGCAGGGACGUCAUCCUUGACUCUGUGCUCACGUUCUUGUUGAUGGAAACCUGGUCGAUCAUCUUUCCCUUGCUCUCCAUCUUCUUCUACUACCCGAAGGUGGUCUAUACCUUCUACCGUCACAACAGAGCCGUCAACGGGUUCUUACGCAGCAACGACUCCGUCUCACGCUCCACCUAUUUCCGCGUGCUCGCCCUCGCCAGCAUCGACAUCCUCAUAACCUUUCCUUUCGGCUUGACCACCUUUAUACUCGGCGUUCUCUCGGCCUUACCCGAUCCACCAUUCUACAUAGGCUGGGACAUCCUGCAUACCGACUGGGCACCGAGCAGCACUGCCUAUUCGGACUGGAUGUGGAGUCCAUGGGCGAGCGCGUCAUUCUACUUCUCCCUAUGGACGACACCUGUCCUGGCAUUCACUAUCUUCGGCCUCUUCGGGUUGUCGGGAGAGGCUCUCGCUUCCUAUCGGCAUGGUCUCCGUACGAUCCUCCGCUACUUUGGCAAGAAGACCUCUGUGCGGACGCGCGAUAGUACGACAAUUUCGGGGAUGGGAACGAUGGAGUUUGGUGAGCGUACUCGAGGGACCGUGACGAUCCGGGGUGCAUUGACCUCGCAAGGCUCUGAUUAUAUCAUUCCGGCUUCUUUCGAGACUGACAAGAGCCCAGAGAAUAGUGGAGGGCCAGAGCACGAGACGUCAGAUGGAGCCGAGGACCGCGAGAAGGCCGUAGCAAUAUGA